CAAUAUAGAAAAUGCUUUUAGAGUUUGUCAAUAAAGAAAAUAUUAAAAGGAGUCCUUAAACUUAUUGAUAACACUUCUCUGGUGAUGUAAUAAAAUAAUUGGAACAAAAAAAAUUAACUGAAAAAAACUGUUAAGAAAACAGUUGAAAUAUCAAAAUAAAUGAAAAAGAAAAAAAAGAAGGAAAAAAGAUAGGAAAGAAGACAGCAAAAACUAGAUGGCAAAAAAAUGUGAACAGGAAAGAGGAAUAUGCUUCAACAUAAAAGAGUCAAAUGUGGAAGAUUCUUAGGCGUCAUGCGCAUCUCUCUCUCUCCCAGAUUCUUUUGUUCUGCCUUUAUAAGCUGCCAUUUUCAAUCUCAAACUUUUCAACCAUAUAACGAGUUCAAUAUUAUAACUUCUUCUUGAAUCAAAAAAAUAAAAGAAAAUUGAGAAAGAAAGACCUUGCUUGACCCAGUUGCCACAUCUUUCUGGAAAUUGUGCAAGAUAUCACAUUUUCCAUUUGAUGCCAGCAUUCUUGCUGGCAACUAUACUGAUCGACAUUAUGAACCGGCAGAGUACAACAAAUCCUAGUAAAGCCCUUGAGGGUGUGCAUGGGAUACAUGUUGUGCCCCAUUCACCAUUUGCUUUGGAAGAGAUUACUCACCAGGGGGACUUCUCUCAGUCAACCUGUGGAAAUUUGGUCAAUAGAGCAAAUCAACAACUUUUACUGCAGAGAGCAUGGGAACAAAGACCCGGGUGUUUGAGGCCUAUCCGGUGCUGUAUUAAUGGUGAUAAGCAUCUUGCAGAAACAGUGGCUAACGUACUUACAUCACUUCCUUUUAUUGCUCUAGGACUCCAGGCUCCAAGAAAAAACCUGACUACGAAGAUGUAUGCUAACUCAUUAAUUGGAGUUGGAGUUGCCUCGAGUUUAUAUCAUUCUUCAAGAGGGAGAAUUAGAAAGUACUUGAGAUGGCUUGAUUAUACAAUGAUAGCAACAACGACUGUUUGUUUAUCAAGAGCCCUUAGAAAUGAGAACCCAAAGUUGCUGAUGGCAGCAUCUGCAGCAUUACUGCCUAUCAAGCCACUAAUGGUGUCUGUCGUUCACACAGGGAUGAUGGAGGUGGCAUUUGCAAAGAGAGCAUUAAAAGAUCCAGACUUAAGGAUGGCACAUAACCUGCAUAAAAUGUCAUCUUUGUUGGGAGGUGUACUUUUCAUUGCAGACGAUUUAUUUCCUUCUACUCCUUUCAUUCAUGCCGGUUGGCAUAUUGCUGCGGCUGUUGGUGUUGGCACAUGUAACAAGCUUCUGGAGUAGCUUGCAUAUAUCUCUCAGUAAUUAGUUUCUUGCUAUUCAUUUAUGGCCGGAACUGCAGCUUCAACUCAAAACCAACAUGGUUACAUUUUUGUGCCCCGUCUAGCUAAACGUCAGGUAUGAAGCCUUUCCUGUUCGGAGAUCAGCUUGUUGCAGUUCAGGGUCCAGCCCACAUUGGGUUUCCCAAUUAUUUCUUCCAAUUUACCGAUCUGUAUUCUUCCUGGCACGAGGAAAAAAGAUGUAGUAUUGCGCUGUCUAGAACAGCUAUUAUCCUAUGUUAAGGAUGUAAAUUCUUUGUAGAACAACGGUAAAUGUUUCAAUCUGUAUAUCAAAAUAACAAUUAAAAUCAAUGCAAUAAACCAGUUGCUUCUUGGUCA